CAACUUACAAAGCAAGUAAAGAUGUUGAAAUAAUGUUUAUAAUUUUGACAGCUCACAGAAGCCACGCCCAGAUUCUGGUUCCUAGUAUUGUAUUGGCCAGACUGCCGGACACUGAGGUCCGUAUUGGCUGUUUUUCUUUCACAAGAAAGAACUCAGAAGAGAUUUGGAAUAUUAGGUUACAUUGUGGCAAAAUGGCGACUGUCAUUCAGAAUCCACUGAAAGCGCUCGGGGACCAGUUCUACAGGGAGGCCAUUGAGCACUGUCGCAGCUACAAUGCCCGCUUGUGUGCGGAGCGCAGCGUACGCAUGCCCUUCCUGGACUCUCAGACGGGCGUAGCUCAGAACAACUGCUACAUCUGGAUGGAGAAGCGGCACAGGGGGCCAGGGUUGGCAGCAGGUCAGAUGUACACCUACCCAGCACGUUGCUGGAGAAAGAAGAGGCGACUUCACCCACCACUUGACCCCCAGCUUCGCCUUUGUGAACUCCGACUCGAGGCAGAGCUGAUGGCCAAGAGAGAAGCCCCAGCGACAGAGGCCACGGCCCUGGAAGCACUGUUACGAGGUGAUGGGAUCUUGGACAAGAGGAACAAUAACUCCAAAGAGGAAGAGACACUACUGGAAAUCCAGAGGGUGCUUGAGGCAGAUGAAAAUGGGGAUGGUUUCCAUGACGAUGAAGAUUUUGAAGCGGACACACCAAAGAGGAAGCAUCGAAACAAAGGCAGGGGUCGAGGCUCUGCACGCAGGCGAACAGAGGCAGUGGCCAACGACGAUCAAGAUAAACCCUACGUCUGUGACAACAGAUACAAACAAAAGCAUAACUCCAAAACUGCUGACUCAGUUUGUGGGAAGCGUUACAAAAACCGUCCUGGACUAAGCUACCAUUACACCCAUACUCACCUUGCUGAAGAGGAGGGUGAGGAAGAACGUGAAACUGAAAUCCCCCAAUCUCCUCCUAUCCACCAUGAGAAUCAUAAACCACAGAAAGGGCCUGAUGGCACGAUCAUCCCUAAUGACUACUGUGACUUUUGUCUGGGAGACUCAGGCUCUAAUAGGAAGACAGGCCAGUCUGAGGAGCUGGUUUCCUGUUCAGACUGCGGCCGUUCUGGCCAUCCUUCAUGUCUGCAGUUCACAGACAACAUGAUGCAGGCUGUUGGAACGUACCAGUGGCAGUGCAUCGAGUGUAAAUCCUGCAGUCUGUGUGGCACCUCAGAGAACGAUGAUCAGCUUCUGUUCUGUGAUGACUGUGAUCGGGGAUACCACAUGUACUGCCUUAAGCCUCCCAUGACACAGCCACCCAAGGGAAGUUGGAGUUGUCAUCUGUGUCUUGGUCUGCUGAAAGAUAAGGCAUCUGGUUUCGGAGAGCCCUAGGCUUUGAGGAGGUUCUGCACAGUCACACACAGACACGCACAGUUGACUCAGGAUAGAUGUUUGUCUUGGUUUUGCUCUGUAAAUCUCCUCCUGUAGUAGUGUGAAGUUGAGUCUUCCUCUACCUCCAUGUUACAAACAUUUUCCUCAACCAAGUCUAGGCAGUCGGUAGUCUACCUCCCAUCCUGCUCACUAGCAAACCCAAAGGCAGGUUUGAGUCCAGAUUGUCAGAUAACCUACAAACAUGAGUCUAAUUAUAUAAUACAAAAAGUACUUAGUUAAAUAGCAACACCAGCACAAUAACUGUAAUAUUACAAUUAAAUUAAGUGAUAAUCAACCUCAUAUACUGUACACACAGAAGCUUUUGAGCUGUGAUUCUAAGCUAUUAUUUCUUUGAAAUUAUGAUGGACAAAGCCACUUUUAACAAAUAACAAACCAGUAUACGUUAUUUGCCGUUUAUACUGUAAGUCUUUAAUAAAAAAGCAACAAACUUAUUUCGGAGACACACACCAGUAGUAUGAAGCAAAACCAUUUUAAUUUUAGUUCAUGUUUUCAAUGUGUCUGUGAUGUCUGUAAGAUCAUAUGAUUUCUUGCAAGAUAUUUUUGGCUCAUAACCUGUUUGAUGUAUAGAGGAUGAUUGUGAUUAGAAGCUCAUCUUUCUUACUGGGAUCCUCAUUCAGGUAGACAUUUAGAGCUUAGUAUCUGAAAGCAAUCUUUAAACUAAAUGGCAAAAAAUACCUUUUCCAUGUAUUGAAGCAGCACUUGGCUUUGACUUCAGGACUGGAAAAUAAUGCUGUUGAGUGUUUUUUAUUUGUACUUUUAUAUAUAUAAUUAAGCAGACAAUCGUGUGGUUGGUAAAUUACAUGAUAGCCAUCAUAUUCAAAUACACCUAUAAUGCUUUUCUUGUUUUACUUUUUCAAGCCUGCUUUUACAAGACUGUUUAAUAUUUCAUUACAUUUUGUGGGACAAACUGUAUCUUUGCUGCUGGAACAUUCCAGUUUUGUCUGUUGCCCUUCAUACCUCUCUGAGUGAAACAUCUGUUCACUCCAUUUUGUAUUUCUUUGCUCGUGAUAUAUUAGCAUUUCUAUUUCCAUCUGGCCAUUCUCUCAUGUCAUUCCCACCUCCUUCACCUGUAUAAUACAGCAGAGGCUCUAUUUUCAGAGCCACUUCAUCAAUGCUCUCAAGAUCUAGCGAUCUGUUGAAUAUUUUAGCUAUGCAUUUUUAUCUGUUUUAAAGGUCAUUUACAUUUGUUUUUCAGUUUAAGAAAUGUAUUAAAGGUUGCAAAAUCAAACUACUUUUGAUGAUGUUAAGAAUCUAUUCAUCUAACCAUAGUUAGGCCUUUGGAGCAAAGAAAAAAAGAUGGAAAACAAAAACUGAUAGUUGAUACUUUAUGACUUUUGCACUUAAAAUAGUUAACCCAUUCUAAAUCUAAACCUUAGUUUAUCUUUUUUUUCAGACUUUAAACCUGAAAACCUGUUUAUUUAGACUCUACAUUUGUAAACUGGGUUAACAAUCUUUUUUUUGGAUAUUACUCGAUAUUGAUUGGAGGAACACAGCGAGGGCUUUGUUUAAAUAUCUCCUCGUCUCUUCCUCAAUGUACCAUCCACUCUGUCCGGAAUAAAAUGUAAGAAUAAUUUGGUCUAUUCUGCAGUGUUAUCAAGGAAUUUUCCCUCAGACGAGUUUCUGUGACUGUACUAAACUCACAAAUAUUUAAUGAAGCAGGCGCUAUUCAGGGUUAUGGCUGGUUAUUUUUGGCUAAAAAACUACCUGAGGGCAGCAGUCAAAAUAAAAAUGGGGAACUGAUUUUUAAUGAUUUUAACUUAUAAACUGCUAAAAAAAAAAUCUACUGUGAGGUUGUUAAUUGAUGGCAUUUGGUGGUAUGUUGUUAACCUCGUGUACCAGCCAUAGACUGUAUAAAAACAGGUACCCGCAUAUACGAGAUGCCUUUGUCGUUUAGUAACGGAAUUCCUAGUGAAAAACUACAUUACCCAUAAUUCUUUCACCAGAAAUUUCCACCAGAGAAUCGCAACGUGAAAAUUGCACCAAAAGACACCUUACAUAGAUUUAUGUUUUUAAAUUUGACUCGCGAUUGUAGAUCUUGUUCUCAUGAAAGCUGUCUUGUACUUUUGUCUAUUUGUUUGAUUUUCAAAUACUUUUUUAUUCAAAUUAAAGUUUGGAAUGUUCUGAAUCACCUGAUUCAGCUUAUAAUUCUUUAACGAGAACUAAAAAUCCCCAUAGGAAAAAUACUUAAAAACUGCUAAAUCUCUUAAAGUAAAUUUCUUAAGUAAAAGUUUAAUACUUUUCAUUGCCUGGGGUUAAAAGAAGGUAUAAAAAGAUAACCCAGGGUUAAGCUACAAACAGCUCCAUUAUACCAACACAAGCAUCGAAAUGAAUUCAUCUAGUCCAAAAGUAGAAAAAUGUUUUUCAAUGUGAAGUACUUUAUAGUCACCCCAAUUUAACUGUUAUCUGCCUGUUACAAUGUCAUUUGUUGUAUAUAAUCAUCUGUAAUUCAAACACAAAUGUUGACUUUUUAAUCCUUUGCGAUCCAGAAUGCUUUUGUACUUGUUUUUUUAUUAUUAUUAUUUGUCGUCUUUUCCUUUUUAUCCGUGUUGUAAUGUAAAAUUUAAUCAAUAAAUAAAUAAUAAAAGUUAAA